AUGGUUGGAUUCCUUGGUAUGUCACUCGAGGCCAUCUGCCAAACCAAAUCGCUUGAUGAAGUUGAGAGCACCUCCCUCGAAGUUGUCGAGCAUUCAACUGGUCCAGUAGAGAAGACAAUCCUGAAAGCCUUGGUCUCACGUCUGGUUAAAUUUAAACAAACCAUCCCUAGUUCUCUGUCCACUAUUGAAACCAGCAAUGUCGCAGUAUCAUUGAUGCCUCAGAUGACAAAGGACAUGGAAGCGCAGCUGGUUGAAAAGAAGAGAAAAUUGAGCUCUUUGGAGGUUGAGGUUUCAAGGGUUGGGGAAGAAGGCACGAAGCUUGAGGCCGAAAUACAUCAUUUAUCUGCUUGCAAGGAUGAACUCGUUGAUAAAAGGAAUUCAAUUGUUGUCGAACUAGGGAAAGCCAAUGAAGAGGCUUCCAAGGAACUUGAAGACUUCAAGAAGCAAUGUCAUGAACACAAGCAAGCGAUUGAGAAUAGGCUGAAAGCCAAGGAGAGAGUGGCCCAGUCCAAUGCUAGUUGGGAGUUGUUCAAGGAGAAUUUAGGGUGGCAAUAG